CUCCACGCUCAGGGGGUGCAGCAUGUUUUUAAGAGCAGCUACAUUUGUAUUGUGUGAAUACUGUUUAAUGGAAACUUCAUGGAAAGACAGGCUUCAAAAAUGAAUCAAAGUCAUCUUAACAGCACCAGUGAGGACCAUUCUCCCUCAGUUAUUUGUACUAAAGACACCAGCAUCACUCGAGUGGUUUUUCCAUGUCUGUACACACUCCUCUUCUUCACUGCAGUAAUCUUUAACAGUCUGGCAGCAUGGAUCUCCUUUCAUCUUCCAACUUCAAAAACGUUUGUUGUAUACCUGAAAAAUGUGGUAGUCUCUGACCUUCUAAGAACAGUGACAAUGUUAAUUAAGGUGAUCAGCGAUACCGAGCUUGGAUCAUGGCAGCUACAGGCUUUCACGUGUCGCUUCUCAGCUGUUGUCUUCUACUUCACCAUGUAUAUGAAUAUUAUACUGCUUGGGCUGAUAAGUCUUGAUCGCUUUGUCAAAAUCGUGAAACCUUUUGGAAAAAACCUGAUUCAGAACCCAACCUUCACACAAGUCCUGACAGUAAUUAUUUGGAUAGUAUUGUUUAGCACAACAGCUUUGCCAAAUAUGAUUCUGACAGACGAGGUACCGACACCAUCUUCAGCGAAGGACUGCAUGUUACUGAAAGGAUCCCUUGGAGUAUACUGGCACGAAGCUGUAAUCUAUGUUACUAAAAUAAUUUUUUGGACAGUUUUUGCUUUGAUGGUUACCUUUUACACAUUAAUAAGUAAGAAAGUCUACGAAUCUUACAGAAAUUCCAGAAGUAAUGAUAAAAAUUCUACAAGAAAAGCCAAGGCCCGAGUGUUUAUUAUCGUAGGUGUGUUCUUUGUUUGCUUUGCACCUUAUCAUUUUGUUAGAAUUCCCUACACCUUGACUCAGAUUGAAAAAGGAAGCAACUGUGAGAAAAGCUCUGUCCUGUACAUUUUAAAAGAAAGUACCUUGUGGCUGAGUGCUUCCAACAUCUGCCUGAAUCCAGUAAUAUUUAUAUUCAUGUGCAAAUCAUUCAGACAAAUCUUGCUUAAAACUCUGAGAUUUAAAAAGAGUCUGCCUGUUAAAGCUAAUGAUUUAACUCAUCUUGAAAGUGCUGCAAAUGGAAUGAACAGAUCUUGAUAGUCAAAACACUCACGGCAAAAUAAUAUUAUAUCUUUUAUAAAUAUAAUAUUAUAUUUUUUUACAAGAUACAGGAGUUGAUUGAGCAAUCCUAUACAUUUAUGUGUGAUACAAAUGUACCCCGAUAAUAAUAAUGUGUCUUGUAUUUUCUAAUAUUAGGAAACCAAAUAUUUGCUACUUCAUUACUCCUACGUCAUUACUCAAGUGUGUUCUUAUAAGUACUACAUAUUGACCUUGUUCUAUAGAUAGAGUAAGUUCAUGAAUUUAGAGUUAAUGUUGAGGUUAUUUCAGCCUUUCAAUAUGAAUUGCAGCUGCUAAAUUACAGAUCUCAUUCUCACAAGUGAAGCUAUGCCUGUUCUAGCUAUAUACUGUACAUUAUGCAUGGUUAUUCUUCAUGCCUCAUAUAUUAUACCGAUCCAAUGCUACAGAGAUUGACGCAUGUUCUGCUUCCUCAUUGAUGUACAAUAAAAAACAAAUACACAAAUGACACCGCUCAGAUCUUUACAGUUUUGAAAAAUAAUACUAAGAAACGAUCAGAUACAAUAAUUUUUUGUAUGUACCUGUAUCUACUUUAUUUAAUAUUAUAUUUUUUAAAAUGUGUAA